AUGAAAAAAAUAUUGAAUACUAUUGACAAAAUCGAUAUAUUUGGGGUUCCUAUCAAUCUGUUGACUAAUUCUAAGGAUUUAUUCUAUCAAAGUAAGCUUGGUGGAAUAGUUACUCUUAUUGUUGGAAGUCUUGGUUUUGCCUAUUUUUUAUAUGUAAUAAUUUUGUGGAUCGAAAAUCAUCUACCUCCAAAUGUGAGUUUUAAAUAAUAAACAUUAUCGUAUGCAGAAUUUGAAAUAACAAACUCUGUUAUUCAAUUAGAAUUAUAAGAUUUUUCAGGUGAGGUAGAUCCUUUCAGAAGAGAAAACAAUAUCAUAACUCCUUAUUUAUAUAAAAUUAUAGAUAGAACAAUUAUUGAUAAACCAAUUCCANUAAUUAUUAUUUAUAAUAAAAAAUUAUUUAACUAUUGUCAUUCUCGAAGAGAAGGUGAUUUUAUUUAAAUACAAUUAAUGAAAAAAUUAUGA